AAGAAGUCGGGGGUACGGCUUGUAACGCUGUAAGAGAGAAGAGGAUUUUUCUGAAGCUGGUAUGGGUAACACGCUGGUAGGAUCAGCUCCCUCGUCCCAAGCAGCUUUUCCUAGGGAAGAGGCACAGGCCGGGGGGGGUCCCAAGGAAAGCAGCUGGACCUCGGUGCACAGCAGCGGAGAGUUGUUUAGGUUUAUAACAAGCACAGCCUGUGCUUUGUCAGGAGCCUGUUCAUAGUCUCCAUGCUGUCCCAUCUAGAUGGAACUGUUCUGAGAAGAAGCUGGAGACAUUCUGUUUGGCUUUGCAUUUUCCAGUGAGUUUUUGUCUCCGAAAAGGCAGACGUGUGUCCUUCAAGAAGCAAAGAGGUACAGACUAAAUGGAUCUGAAGACAGCAGUGUUCAAUGCAGCUCGUGAUGGAAAGCUGCGGCUGCUUUCCAAGUUACUGGCAAGCAAAACGAGAGAAGAGGUAGCCCUGCUGAUGUGUGAGAAAACAAAUGGUGCCACACCACUUCUGAUGGCAGCCCGCUAUGGUCACCUGGACAUGGUAGAAUACUUGUUGGACCAUUGCUCUGCAUCAAUAGAAGUUGGUGGGUCGGUGAACUUUGAUGGUGAGACCAUUGAGGGGGCUCCUCCGUUAUGGGCAGCAUCGGCAGCUGGCCACCUGAAGGUGGUUCAGUGUCUCUUAGAUCACGGGGCAUCUGUCAACAACACGACUCUGACAAAUUCAACACCGCUUAGAGCUGCCUGUUUUGAUGGUCACUUGGAAAUAGUAAAAUACCUUGUGGAGCACAAAGCAGACCUAGAAGUAUCCAACCGUCAUGGGCAUACAUGCUUGAUGAUCUCAUGCUACAAAGGCCACAAAGAAAUCGCUCAGUAUUUACUUGAAAAAGGAGCUGAUGUUAACAGAAAAAGUGUUAAAGGAAACACUGCAUUGCAUGACUGUGCCGAAUCUGGAAGUUUGGAGAUCAUGAAGAUGCUUCUCAAGUAUUGUGCUAAAAUGGAAAAGGAUGGUUAUGGAAUGACUCCUCUUCUGUCAGCUAGUGUGACAGGCCACACAAAUAUAGUGGACUUUCUGACCCAGCAUGUACAGACCAGUAAGGCUGAGCGCAUAAAUGCUCUGGAACUUCUAGGAGCAACAUUUGUGGACAAAAAGAGAGAUCUGCUUGGUGCUUUGAAAUACUGGAAGCGAGCUAUGGAAAUGAGAUACAGUGAUAGGACUAAUAUCCUGAGCAAACCAGUGCCACAAACACUAAUUAUGGCAUAUGAUUACGCUAAAGAGGUAAACAGCUCAGAAGAGCUAGAAAAUCUUAUUGCAGACCCUGACGAAAUGAGAAUGCAAGCACUAUUAAUUAGAGAACGUAUUCUUGGCCCUUCUCACCCAGAUACAUCCUACUAUAUUAGAUACAGAGGUGCUGUCUAUGCAGACUCUGGAAACUUCAAGCGCUGCAUCAACUUGUGGAAAUACGCUUUGGACAUGCAGCAGAGCAAUCUUGAUCCGUUGAGCCCUAUGACAGCCAGCAGUUUGCUGUCAUUUGCUGAACUUUUCUCCUUCAUGCUGCAGGAUAGGGCGAAAGGCCUGCUGGGUACUACUGUCACGUUUGAUGAUCUCAUGGGUAUACUGUGCAAAAGCGUUCUUGAAAUAGAACGGGCCAUGAAACAAACCCAGUGUCCUCCUGAUCCCAUACAGCUGAACAAAGCCCUUUCCAUCAUUUUGCAUUUAAUUUGCUUGUUGGAGAAGGUACCUUGCAGCUCAGAACAGGAGCAUUUUAAGAAACGAACUAUUUACCAGUUUCUUAAGCUUCAGCCUAGAGGGAAGAAUAACUUCAGUCCACUACACCUUGCUGUUGACAAUAAUACUACAUGUGUGGGUCGCUACCCAGUUUGUAAAUUCCCUUCUCUACAAGUUACUGCUAUUCUGGUGGAAUGUGGUGCUGAUGUAAAUGUCAAAGACUCUGAUAACAACCGUCCGUUACACAUAGCUGCACUGAACAAUCACCCAGAUAUCAUGAACCUUCUUAUCAAGUCAGGUUCACACUUUGAUGCCACAAACUCACGUAAACAAACUGCUAGUGAUUUGCUGGAUGAGAAGGAAAUAGCAAAAAAUUUAAUCCAGCCCAUAAAUCAUACUACACUGCAGUGUCUUGCUGCUCGUGUAAUAGUGAAUCAUAAUAUAUACUACGCAGGGCACAUCCCUGAAAAACUAGAGAACUUUGUUUUGCUUCAUAGAUGAUAGUGUGGAAUCCCAGAGUACUCUUUUUGAAGCACGACUUGGUGAUUAUCUUUUCCUUGAGCACUGUUGUGAUACACCAGCGUUUCCUUAGCUUGCUCCAUCUUGCUCUCAUUGGCUAAAGCAUUGCUAGCAUCAGAUCUGCAGAGUUGGUGUGGUGGUUUAAGCCAAGCUGGCAACCAAGCACCACAUGACCUCUAGCUCUCUUCUCUCCCCUGGUGGGAUGGCGGGGAGAAAAUAUUAACAAAAAACUUGUGCAUCGGGACAAGGACAGGGAGGAAUCAACAGUUACAGUUGCAGGCAAAACAGGCUUGAGUUGGGGAAAAAAAUCAAUUUGUCACCAAUCAAAUCAGAGCAGGGCAAAGAGAAAUGGAACCAGAUCUUAAAAACGCCGUCCCGCACUCCUCCCUUCUUCCUAGGCUCAAAUUUAUUCACUUCUGAUUCCUCUGCCUCCUCCCCCUCAGAGGCACAGGGGAACAGGGAAUGGGGAUUGCAGUCUGUCACAUAUUUCUGUUGCUCCUUCCUCAGGUGGAGGAUACACUUCCCAUGCUUCAGCAUGGAGUCCCUCCCACAGGAGACAGUCCUUCACAGCUCCUCUGACAUGACUCCUUCCUACAGGCUGCAGUUCUUCACGAACUGCUCCGGCUUGGGCCUCUUGCACAAGGUGCAGUCCUUCAGGAAUAGACUGCUCUAGCAUGGUCUUCCCACAGAGUCACAGGCUUCUUUGGGCACAUUCAUCUGCUCUAGCAUGGCGUCCUCUGUGGCUACAGGUCCACAUCUGCUCCACUGCCAUCCUCCAUGGACUGCAGGGAAACAGCCUGCUAUAUCAUCACAGACUGCAGGGGUAUCUCUGCUCUGAUGCACCUCCUCCCUCCCCCGCCCUCUUCGCUGAUUUUGAUAUCUGCAUAGGUGUUUCUCUCACAUCCCACUUCUCUCUCCAGUGCAGGUCUUUUUAGUUUCUUUUUUCCCGUUCUUAAGUAUGUUAUUGCAGAGGCGCUACCACCAUCGCUUGAUGGGCUCAUCUUCGGCCAGAGGCUCGUCUGACUUGGAGCUAGGGAAGCUUGUAGCAGUUUGUCACAGGACCACUCCUGUAGUCCAUCCCCUGCUACCAAAGCCCCACCACACAAACCCAACACAUGUGGUUACCCAGUAUUUAAUAUACUAUAUAAUAUAUUUUGUGGAUUAUUUAGCAAUGUAAUGCCAUAUUUAGAUUUUUUAAAUUGUCUGCCAAAGCCUUGUCUAUGCUGGUCUUAUUUGCCUGUUGGGUGUUGGAGAUUGAGUUGAGUACUUUCCACUGGUGUCUUUUUACUGUAACUAUUAUGUGGAUUUUAUACAGUUGGAAAGUCAUCUUUUAAUUUUGCCUGAGCAUUUCUACUCUUACUCUGUUCUUUUUUCUAUGGACUCAUUGCUCAACUGUACAAGUUGUAUGGACUUGUUAACAUUUGCAACUACCAUAAGUGCUUUUAUCUUCUCUAUGCACUGGUUUAAACAUGACUGUUGUAUGUGAGCAUAUUUCUAUGCAGCACUUGGCCAUUUCAACUUAAAUGCCAAUUUUGCUCUGCAGUUUGUUUGGAGCUCUUUUGAGAAUGCUGUCUUCAUCGCAUUAUGAAUUUUGGAGUUACUUGUCCGCUCUACAAACUUGAGUUUGACUUUUUCGACUGCUGUAGCUGAGAUUGCUUUCCUCUUGAUCCUCUGGAAAUUUGUCCUAAAUUUGGGAUAAGAAAAUUGUGCUUUUUCUCAUUGUAGUCCACUUGAACUUUAAAUUUAAAAAUAGUUUUAUUGCAUCGUGCAGUUAGGGGAAGAGUCUUUGUUAUGUACAGCUGACACCUUCCCCUUUGCACCAACGUCUUGCUUGUGCUGGUUACGUGACUAGAUGUGAAGUUUGCUCAAAGUUUAACCUCAAACUUAAUGGUACACUUUCAUGAGAAAUAGAUCAAAUGUAUGCUGUAAUUUAAAAUUUACAAAUCAACUUUAGCUACAAAAGAAUCUAAAGCAUGUUGGUGGCAUGAUGCUUAUCAGUUCAGAUCUAGACAUCAUCUAAUAUAGUAAGUGGCUGUAUGGCAGGGUAUUGGAAGUUCUAUAGCAGUGUCCUUUUUCCUUUGUUUUGAGUACCUUAAUGAAUACUUGCAUGGAUUUUUCAUCUCUACUAUGUCAGCUCUACUUAAAGCAGAAGUUCUGUUGUGUAUAUAGCUCCUAAUUAAAGUACCUAUUUUUAUAAUACUUGCACAACAGCUUAGCUUUUACAACAGAAAGGGCUCUUUGGACUUGUUAAGAAAUCUAUAGAUGAAGAGCAUAAAAGUGAGUGUGAUUCAGGUAAUUAAUGUAAUGCAGCACUUUACUGUUGAUUAAUAGUAGAAUUUAUAACCGCACACUAGCCCUGCAAAUGUCUUAAAGUGAAAUUAAUUUCUGUGGGUUAGAAUACAGUUUACUUGCAAGUGGUCCAACAUAUUGGAUAUUUCUGACUGAUGUUUCAUUUCAGUGGUGGGCAGUAAGUGUACCUACGGGGUUCUUGCUUCAGAAAUCCAACAAGUUGAUUUAGUCCUUUGUCAGUAAUAGAGAUAUUUAGAAGCCAAAUUAAUUAGAGUUGAUUUAGGAGGGUCUAUUUAAAUAUUUUAUUUUUAUAUUUUAAGUUGAUGUCAGAACAUUUUUGUCGUUUGUGAAUUAAGUUGAGGAAGAAUGUGUUUUGAGAGCACAUAAGAGUAGUUCCUCCUUGCUUUUGGGCUGUUUUGGAGUUCCUGUUAGUGUACAGUGUGGUGCCUACUAGCUUAGCCAUUCUUGCAAAAAUAUGGGGAUGUUUUUUAACCAAGCUAUGUUGAAAGCAGUAGUGUUUGUGUAUUGCCACUUUCAGACUCUGUAUUUGAACAACUUUUUCCUGUUUGUCCUGUGCCACAUAUACAUUGUAUGAAAUUAUAAGAAUGAGGAAUCCUUGUUAGUUUCUUUUGCAAAUACACAGGAGUAAAAUUCUAUUUAAUUGGCUGAAUUUCUCUGUUUUGUAGUGAUUAAAAUGCAUGCCACUGAAGUUGUCAUUUGUGAGAACAUGUAGUUUGUUUUUUUUAAUUAUUUUAUUUCUUUUAUUUUUAUGCUUUUCUACUAGUGUGUAGGUACAGAUAAUCAACAAAUCACACCCUGCUAGAAAUUAUGCACACUGUACUUCAAGUCAUAAGAAGAAUUCUUUUUCUAUAGCUCACAGAGAAGGGGAUUUUUAGAUUUUUAGUGUUUUAUACUCUGGAAUCUGUACUGCUCUAUAGUGUUUUUUAGUUUAAAUUUCUGUCUUUAUGACUGUCAAAUAUCCUGUUUAAAAUUAGUUGGACAUUAUUAGUGCAGAAAUAUGAUCUAAAAAUUGUCAGUUGUUAGCAAAUUUUUAAUGGGAAACAUUCCCAAAAGCAAAAGUGUAUCACUGUUAAAUAUAUGUAAACCUACUGGAAGUGCUACGAGGAAGGCUUAUUCUGUUAGUUACUCUUUAAAACCAAAACAAUUACCUGGACAUACUGAUGUAUCAUACGUAGUUCUGUUUAAAUAUCUACCUGUGUGCAUCAGUCUUAAAGACCACCACCUCUGUGAUGGCAGCAUUUGAUUUUUCAUGGUGAUGAGGCUGUCUGCUGAACUCUCACCUUGCCAGAUACUUGGACUUAGGUGUCCAGGUGGACGAAUUAAUGAAUUUAAUACCACUUUCCAUUUUGGCCCUGUUACCCUGUUUAGUUUUUCUUAACUUUAAAACACACUGGUACAGAGCCUGUUCUGGGUAUUGUGUUAGGGAUUAGUUCAGGAUUUGCUGAUGGGGAGGGAGGGUUGGGAUAGCAGGUCCCAUCUGAGAUCCAUGUGCCACUAAGGCCAGUGCUAAUGAGUAGGAGCAGUUUUACCCCCUUGGCCCCUGAUUCAAACUAGUUGUGUCACCACUUCAGUAUAGAUACCAACUUCCUGGACUAGAUGGGGUUUUUUGUUUGUUUGUUUGUUUGUUUAUAUUCUUUUUACUCAUUCAGAGAUGGGGAUAAAUUCAUUUUAGUGAAACACAUUCAUGCAAAUUGCAAUGGUGUUGCUAGCUGUAUUAUAUUAAGGACAAGCAACUAAAGACCAUUCAGAAUAUGCCUAAUUGUUUUAUUUUUGUUAUAUUUUUAACUAAUUCUUUUCCUGUUCUUCUCUUUUCUUCCUAUCUGAGGUGGGGUUUUUUUCUGAUUUAAAUGUACUGCUUUUGAGCUACCAACAUAGAAAAAUGUUGGGAACACUGUGGAAAAAAAUUGUGCCCUGCAGGGGUAAAACAGGUUUUAAAACUGAUUAAACAAUUUACACAUAUGGCUCCUAGAGACAAACACACUGAUACCUCCUUACCUGUUGAGACCCCUGAAUUGUAUUUUUGGGGUAGGGGAUAAAUGCUCAAAGCAGUUUUUCUUCUAAUCAUCUUGUGUUUCAACUGAAAUAUUUCAAUCAGAAAAAUGGAGAGUAUUCCUUUAAAAAAAAAUUAAAUGCUUUUAUUACAAAUUCUAAAAUUGUAUGCCUAUUUUUGUAUCACUUAGGCUGGUAACAAGAUUCCAGCUGUCUGUGUGUCUCUGUUCUGUUUGUUGAGUGCAGUGUAAAAACACUUUCUAAAAUGCAAGGCAAUAGUGUGGUUGGUUUUCCAUAUAUGCUUUACAACAGUCCCUGGAUAGGAAGUACUUCUGUGCAUAUCCAAAGUCCCCAGAGAGUUCUCUGUUACCAGCUGUUUUGCAACUAGUUAAAAUUAACCUACUUCCAUUUUUACAAACACUACUUUAAAAAAUGAAUAGAGCACUAUAGCAAAAUCCUUACAGGAGGAUUUAUAAAAACAUGAAAACUUUAUGAGGAAAAAAAUGUGCCUCUCCUCAGUUCUUAUCAGCAGCAAGGUGACAGUGGCAGGAUAUGACUGAUUUUGAAAUAGCUUCCUCAUGCUUUGAAAUAUAAAGUGGAAUGCCUGUUAUACUCUUAAAAUGUUGAUAAAGCAAAUAGGCUAAACACUUAAUUUCUGUCUUCUGUGACUACAAUGCAGUUAAUUCGUAUUUAAUAUUUCAAAGUAGUUUAAGGGAAACUGAUGGAAGACAUACUAGAAGGUUCAUGUAUCUUGGCUUUGCAUGUGAAAGUAACGACCCCUCAGUGAGGGCAGAAUGAAAAGCUGUUGUUGAUUUCCUUUUAACUAAUGUAUUUGUUGUCCGUUCUGUCACAAAGACUUCCUAUGCAGGGCUAGUUCCGUAUGUGGAAAUAUUGCAAUUUCUUUUUUUACAUGAAGUAAUUCAGCUUUAAUAGUAAUGUCAAAAAAUAAUAACAAGCAUAUUUCUCUGCUUUUACUCUCUUUAAGCUCCAGGUGCAGAUUACAUUAAAAAUAUGUUUUGGAGAACACCUAUCUGAGUCUAUUUAUCUGUUUACUUUAGUAUUACUGCAACACUGGUUGGUAAAAUGAUUUUUCUCUUGAAUACAAGUAGUUCAAUGUGAAUGCUGCAGCAUUUGAUGCAUUUUGAUCUUCAUGGCAUUAAGAAUUGUACCUUAAAUAAAAUAUAAAGUUUCGUUCUAUUUAUUUCUGUGAAAGGUUGGUCCAGCCAAGCCGUUAAACUCUGAUUAAAGGCUUAAACUGGAUCAUAUAGGAGACAUUAUUUUUCCAGUUUCUAGAAUGUGCAGUUAGUCAUGCUCUUAACUCAGUGAAAACAUAGUGGUUUAAGUUUCUAGCAUAGUUCGCAAGAUCUUACAAGAUGUAAGCAACAGUCAAUUUUUCAAGAAAAUUGCACAAAUUAAUUUUCUCCUUAAAGCUUUUGAAGUCUUUUUCCCUAUUGCAUGGGCAAUUAAAAAUAAAUAAAUACUCCUAAAGAUGGAAAAGAAGUAUGAGAAGAUGCUUAUUAAAGUCAGCUAGAGAAUGGAAGACUUUAAAGAACAUUGCCAUUGUAAAUUCAAAAGAUCUUUAUAGUUAGGCACAGUAGUCACAAUCCUGUACUUAAAGGCUGUGUACACUUCAGAGAGCUGGAAUUUUGGAUUUAGCCUUAAUCAGUAACAAACAGCAUCAAAAAAAAUUAGGCUCUGGAUGAGGAAAACUGAUCCAGAGCUUUCACGGUAAGACAGUUGUCACACAGAUGGCUUUAAUGACUUGCAUAUAGAGUCUCUUAAUUAGGAAAGGGAAGAACUGGAAAGGAUCGUUUACAUCGUUAUUCAUACCUUUGCAGUUGCAGAUGAUGAAAGAUGUUUUCUUCUGUAAGUGAGUGCUGGUUACCUAAGCUGCAUACCUUUGCCAAAAUGCUUCUUGGCAAUGGCAAAUGCUGGCUGUCAGUUGAAGAUCAAAACUCACUGUACAAAGUAGCACAGGAGAGGGCAAAAGAGACCCAAGUGUAUGGUAUGUUACUGUGGCAAAGACAAUACAUCUGUUUGUUUCCCACAUAGUAUUCAUAGGGAAUAAAUUUACAUGUUAUUUACAUUUAUUCAUAGGGAAUACAUAGGGAAUUCAUAGUAUUCAUACCAUCCACUGUGAAAUGCAGGUCCUACCUCCUGCCACAUUAAAGCUUUACCUUGCAAGUUGAUCUCCAACAUUCAGAAAACUGAGGAGAGUUUCCAUACUCAGAAGUUAUGGACAAUUAUAUUGAAUUAUGAAAAAAGGAGGAAAAGUAUUUUCAUUUCUGAUCCCUACAAGUGCCCUGAAGAAGCCAGUAAGUGAGAGGGUAUGAUGUAAAUUGUAACCACAUCUCCCAUCAGAUUGUAAGAAAUGUUGGUUCCUUUAUGAAGGUAAAAAGGGUUGUUUCUGUCAUGUCUCCUAAAGAUUAUCAAGUUGUAGGUUCCUUACGAAAUUUCUCUUUAGAAGCCUAUUAGGAGCUCCAGUCCUCCAAUAAUUAGGAACUUAAUUUCCAUUUGGCAUUUAUUUUUUCACAUUUUUUGUUUUAUCUUUUUGUGUUUUCAGUGCCUGUCUGCCCUUCAUGUGGAGUUACGAACCUUCAUGUGGUUGGGCUAAACCAGCCAACCAAAAUACCCCAAACUGGAAGGAUGAACAAAUAACAGAGAUUAAUCCAUAGUCAGCUGAUCUAAUCUUUCAGUUCUCCCUUUUCCUCUCCCUUGCUCAUAUGUUACCAAGUAAAAAAGGAAAUCACUGAUUCACUGAACAAUUUUUGCUGCUGAACCUGUGUUUUAACUUGCCCGUUCUUCCCUUGUUACAAUGGGAAGGGUUUUUUUACAGAAAACAGAGUCAAUUGUUUUCAGAUACUUCAGCCUGUAUUGUCCUAAUUUUUGUUAUAUGCUAUUUUGUUCUCUUCAUACACAGCAUUGCCCUGACUGAAAACUGAGGCAAAAGGUUCAGUGUAUGAGCUGGACUUGGAUUACUUUUUAUUUCCAUCCCAUAGUUUCAGAAUAGUAAACCUGCUUUUUCUCCUCUCCAGGGAGCUGCAAAAAGACAAGCUUAAAUAAAAACAAACAAACAAACAAACAAACAGGGCCUAGUGUAAAAUAACAAGAUACGCUCUGUGAGGGCGGUGCCCAGUGAGUUGCCAAAUGAGGAGUGCACAUGGUUUACUUUUAAUCCCACUUUGUGUUAACCUUAGAGUCAUAGUGCUGUAACAAGGCUGGCCUGUGCAUGGGGCACCCACUCCAGUGUUUGAAUUUAGAUCAGGACUGUGUUUUUGAAGUGAGCCUCCCUGCCUGUACUCACUUUGUGUGUUUGGGUUCACAUCACAGAGUUGUCUCAGUCCCAGACCUGGAUUCCUUUUGAAUGAAACAGCUGAGAAAUGUUCUCCAAAAGCCCACCCAACCCGCUCUGACUAGUAAUGGGUGUUCAGUUCAUGGGAGCAGACUUGAAGUUGUUCUGAAAGAACCCUUUUUUCCUUUCCUGUUCCCUUCAUCACCCCGAAGUGCCCAGGACACUUGAAGCAUGGCAUCAGCUCCUCUGUGCUACAGAUCUGCUCCUUAUCAGUACAGGUGUAGCCAUAGUUUUCUGUUUCCCUUCCUAUUUUAAACAUAAGUUGACACAUACCCGGUGUUUGGGGUUUUUUUCUGAGCUUUUAAGUGGUUACUGCCUAUCUCAUGCAGCAUCCCAUAAUCCAUUUUAUGCUUUGAGCUGGAAAAUUAAAAUGAGAUAAUGUAGUUGAUUGCUAAGGUCUAUCUACCACAUCAUUAGCUGUGAAUCUGCUGUGCUGUAUGUGUCACUGAUAGUUUCUCCUGACAGCAUGACUGACCUUAAUACAAAAUCCUGUUGAUGUGGUGUAAAGAAAUACUUCAUUAUACAAAUGCAGAAAUUAAGGCACAAACUCAGCGACCUCUUCAAAUGACCAUAGAAAAUUUCUGCUAUGACAGGGAACAUUUGGUUCCAGAGACUUUUAAUUUUCAGCCUCUGCUCCAUGUAUGUUUCAACAUUAGUAAUUUCAUACAUGGAGAGUCUGCUCUAAAAAAAAAUAGCAAAACACCAAGAAUUUCUUAGGGAAAUUAGGCUGAUGUCAUUGCAUAAUCUGACUGUGUAUGUCUUUCACUGAGUAAUUUUUGAACAUGUUGGGCCAGUUUAAUAAAUUCAACAGAAAUAGAAGAUAAGCAUUUCUGUAACUUCCUUGAGAGCAGCAGACUGGGCAGAAGGCAGAAUCCCUACUAACAGGUCACAAUGAAGAAGAGGGUUCCGAAUGAGCUUUACUUUUACUAGGCAGGAGACAAUCCACACAGGGAUUAGAAUACUUAGGACGACAUGAAAAACUUUGAUCACAGCCUGGGCUUUGCUAGACAGCAUCAGAACCGGUCUCUGGUCAAGAUAUACCACACAUGCAUUGCAUCGUGUAUCAUGCAGUACCUGUACCUGCUUAUCAAGGUGGUAGCAUCUCACCAACAGUUUAUCCUGGUUGGACAGUCUGAUCUCCAUCAUUAAUUACUCAACAUCCUGAGUUGUAGUUAGCUAUGGUGGAACAGAAUAUGAAUGAAAAUUGACUACGCUGCACAAAAUGAGAAACGCUAGGACCAUCUAUGGCUGUAUAAUGAUGCACUAGAUUAAACCCAUUUAGCAUACACACCAAAAAUUUUUACAGUUGAUUUUGUUGUGAUUUCUUGCUGAAAGGACUGGGGAAACAGUGACUCCCAUUUCAGUUUUAAGAGUUCUGAACUUGCUUGCAUCCUUGUUUCUAUCAACCUCGGUGUGCAUUAUGAGCAAGAUCAGCCUCCAUAAUCACCUUCUUAAAAAAAUAGCGCAUUUCAGUUCUGUUGUAUUAAACUGCUUAAACAUAUACAACUCUUGUUCUAUUAAAAAGGUUAAAGUGUCAUGAAGUGAAUUCUGGAAGAGGAAAUGUGAAUCUGGUGGAAAACAGUUCCAUGGGGAGAGGGAUCUGUCACUUCUGAAAAUCUGCCCAGUGAGGUCUGCUCUCCAGCAGGAAUUCUCCUGAGAUCCCCACCUCUGUCCAUGCCUGGGGUUAAUUUUCCAGCUGUUGGGUUCCUUGUGCAGCAGAGUUUCUCCAGCUGCAACACUUCACCCUCACGCCGCGCUGACUGUGGCCGUUCACUUUGCCUGGCCCCAGCUGCCCUUGCCCUGCCCUGCUAUUCAGAGCCAGUUGCUAAACCAGUCAGCCCCUCUCUGACUAUGCUGUCUGGGAAAGUUUAGUGCAGAGGAUGAUCAAUGGUGACUAUUCAAAAAUAAAUUUUUAACAAACGUUUAAAAAACCCCAACAAAACAAAACCUAAAAGCUCAGAUUUCCCUCCAUCCUUCAUGACCCUUUUCUAGCCUGUCAUCAUUGCUUCUCAUUGUGUUCUGUCUCCUCUCUUUACUGUUUCCAGUUGCUUUGGGUAGUUUCCUGUUUCCCACUCUUUCCUCUGAUGCCACUGUGGCUGACUCAAGCCUGUGUUAAACUGGAAAGUGCUUGGGGAGAUUUGGCCCUUGCCAAGCCUUCAGCAGGUUGUGCUGUUUCUAAACUGUGCCAGUUGGGAAUGGGGAGGGCUGGAAGAAAUUCAGGAUUCAGCUUGCUUGUCCUUUCUUCAUCUACCCAGUUCUUAAGCAAGGUAAGGAUGCUUAGUCUCCUCAUUAAUGUGAAAUGUGGGCUCUGUUAAUCACUCUGCAUGAUGUAUUUUGUCUCACAUGAGGUUGCAGAUUCACUCUGGGCAGGUAUUGCUGGUGUACACUGUUACAAUUCCAUAAGCAAAUCUCAUCCUGGAACCAGUCAUGCUGGGUUUCCUCCCAUACAGAAGGUACUAGAAAAGCUUUGUCCCUGUUUAAACAAGUGGUUUUACAUUUUCAAAACUGUUGAUAUUGCAGUUUGUGGCUUCUGAAAAUCUGCCUUUAAAAUGUGUCAUUUUCGCAGUGUCUUUCCAAGUCCCACUAGUUUGUUAACCAGGUUGCUGCUUCCUAAGCUUGUUUUGCCCUUCUGUGCUGUGGAAAUUCAUGCUAAUAUUGUGGAUAUGUGUUUCUUCUCAAGAUGUUUGUUGACACUACAAAGGUUGAAAGUGCAUUAAAAUUUUCUCUUACUGUG